AUGUUUUUGCGGGUUGUGUGCUAUCUUGUGGUUGUGUGGCCGAUUUCUGCCUCAUACGAGAACUGUCCAGAACUCCCCCCAGUGGGAUAUAGCAUAUUUGUUGCAAAGAAGGUCGAGGGACAAAUUCUGGGGACUUACGUUUGUAUCAAGGGCUACCACCUGGUAGGAGAGAAAACCUUUAUUUGCAAUGCCUCUGGGGAGUGGAAUAAUCCCACUCCCACAUGCCAAUUGGGCCACUGUCCUGACCCUGUGCUGGUGAAUGGCGAACCCAGUUUCUCAGGUCCUGUGAAUGUGAGUGACAAAGUCACUUUUAAGUGCAAUGAGAACUAUAUCCUCCAGGGCAGCAACUGGAGUCAGUGCAUGAACGACCACACCUGGAUGCCUCCCUUACCCAUCUGCAAAAGCAGAGACUGUGGCCCUCCUGGGAAUCCGGCUCAUGGCUAUUUUGAGGGAAGAGAUUUCAACUUAGGUUCGACCAUUACUUAUUACUGUGAAGACAGGUACCACUUGGUGGGCACGCGGGACCAACGGUGCGUUGAUGGGGAGUGGAGCAGUGCACUUCCAGUCUGUGAGUUGAUCCAAGAAGCUCCCAAACCAAUUCCACAGACUAAGUUUGAACGGGUGUUUCUUGCCUUUCAGGAGACGAAAGACCUUUGCAAAGCCAUGCGGAACUUUAUGAAAAGACUCAAGGAAAAUUCCUUAACGAUGGAGGAACUAAAAUAUUUUCUGGAAAUUCAGAAAGCCAAGCUGCAGCCAAAAAAUGAUGCCCUGACAUUAUAG